AGAAGUCCAUUUGUUUACUAAUAGAACGCCCCCGCGGAGCUGUCCACAGCAGUGGAUCCAAACCCUUCGCCCUGCGCGUGCACUGCACCUCCCUCUCUGCUCCCUCCCCUGUCUGUCGUCUUCUCCGCUGCUGCUCAGCCAGACACAGAGAGCGAGUUCGCGCAUACGAUGGAGGAGGAGGAGCACGGCGAGGAGGAAGUGCUUGGCUCGAGCUAUACGAUGGAGAAAGUCGCCGCCGCGAAGCAAUUCAUCGAGAACCACUACAGGAAUCAGAUGAAGAGCAUACAGGAACGCAAAGAGAGGCGGUGGGUUCUCGAAAGAAAACUAGCUACUUCUGAUGUGCCCAAAGAAGAGCAACUAAAUCUGAUCAAGGAUCUAGAACGAAAAGAGACCGAGUACAUGAGGCUUAGGAGGCACAAGAUAUGUGUGGAUGACUUUGAGCUUCUAACAAUAAUUGGUAGAGGAGCCUUUGGUGAGGUCAGGUUAUGUAGAGAGAAGAAAUCGGGAAACAUUUAUGCUAUGAAGAAGUUGAAGAAAUCUGAAAUGCUCACAAGAGGACAGGUGGAACAUGUGAGAGCAGAGAGAAAUUUAUUGGCAGAAGUGGCCAGUCAUUGCAUUGUGAAACUGUAUUAUUCAUUCCAAGAUGCCGAAUACCUUUAUCUUGUGAUGGAGUAUCUACCAGGUGGUGAUAUGAUGACUCUGUUAAUGAGAGAGGAUACACUGAGUGAGGACGUGGCUAAGUUUUACAUUGCCCAGAGUGUACUUGCCAUAGAGUCCAUUCACAAGCAUAACUAUAUUCACAGGGAUAUUAAACCUGAUAACCUUCUUCUGGAUAAAAAUGGUCACAUGAAGCUCUCUGAUUUUGGUCUUUGUAAGCCCCUUGAUUGUAGAACUCUAUCUACUCUAAAUGAAAAUGAAGCUAUGGGUGAUGAGAACAUUAGAGAUCCAAUGGACAUUGAUGGUGGCUUCCCUGAUGCUGGCAAUAGUAGCUGGAGAAGUCCACGGGAACAACUCCAACAUUGGCAAAUGAACAGACGGAAGCUGGCAUUUUCAACCGUGGGCACACCAGACUAUAUUGCCCCUGAGGUUCUGUUGAAGAAAGGAUAUGGCAUGGAAUGUGACUGGUGGUCCCUUGGUGCAAUUAUGUAUGAAAUGCUUGUUGGCUAUCCCCCAUUUUACUCAGAUGAUCCCAUAACCACUUGCAGGAAGAUAGUUCAUUGGAGAAAUCACCUAAAAUUUCCCGAAGAUGCGAAAUUGUCACCCGAAGCAAAGGAUCUAAUAUGUAGGUUAAUAUGUGAUGUAGAUAACAGACUUGGAACUGGUGGUGCCAGCCAAAUCAAGGCUCAUCCUUGGUUCAGGGGUAUCAUGUGGGACAAGCUGUAUGACAUGAAUGCUGCAUUCAAACCAGAAAUCAACGGGGAGCUGGACACUCAAAAUUUUAUGAAAUUUGAUGAAUUGGAUCCUCCGACACCUGCAAGAACUGGCUCUGGACCUUCACGUAAGAUGUUACUGACUCCCAAGGAUUUAAGUUUCGUGGGGUAUACAUACAAAAACUUUGAUGCGGUGAAGGCACUACUGAACUCUUCCGGCAAUUCUAAAGAGAAUCCAGGAACGAACAAACCAGAAGCAGGGGAAACAGACAUACACAUGAUUACAUCAACAUGUGAAGCAAUGUUACCGUAACAAAGGCUGACCAGUUCUUCAAAACCUACAAACGGGACGUAGCAUGCAUCUGCAUAUUUGAUCAGGUCUGCUCGUCCCUGCUCCAUCAUCUACGCUUGUUCCUAAAUUUACUGAACCGCCCUCCGUGUAAUUGUACAGUGUGCUUGAAAAACAAUGUAAUAGCUGGAUUCAAUAUAACUUUCAAGGAGGGCAUGAAAUCCACUAUUACUACCACUACUAGUAGUGGUAGUAGUAGUUAGAAAGAAGGGUUUGUGCAUUAGAAGCAUAGAAUAGGGGGUGUCAUUUGCGUCCCGGCUGCCCAGGUUGGCAAUUAUUGAAACUUUGCUUUCUCUUGUGGCAGUUUAUCGUUGGAUCAUUUGAUAUACAUAAACUGGUAAUAUAUAU